AUGGCUUCCUCAGCUGGCCCUGCCAGGGGUAGACAAGUCGUAGUCGCGUCGACUACGCCUUACAACACCAAGGGAUUUCGUGAAAACGGUCAUGCUGUCCACUCAGACGACAAAGAGGAUAGCGACGGAGACACCGGUGACUCCGGCCUAUGGAAGCACCAGGGAGACCGACUCCCAGAAUCCCAGGCUUUAUCCCAUAUCGACUUCGUCGAUAUUCCGAAGCUGAAGCCAGAUGGAUCAAAUUUCGAAACUUGGAAGCGCGAUGUGAAGCAAGUAUUAGCUUCCCUCGGCAUCCAUCAAGUCUUGCGAUAUGACAUCCGACGCCCAAAACAUUCAGAUCCAUCUCGCGCCACAUGGCGAUUGUGGUCCGCCCGCGCCGCACGUUGGAUGACCGAGUCUCUCGAGCCCGAGACUUGCACCCAGAUUACAAUUGGACUCGAUGGUGUGGAUUGGACAACUAAGGCUGACAAUCUGUUUCUCGAAAUCAACAAGUGGAUCAAAGUUGAGAACAAGUUCAGCGACGUCGACCGUGAGUUCAACAAGUGGGACAGCAUGAGACGUGCGGAUUUCGCGUCGGCUAUUCAAUACCUUCAGGCAAGCCAGGCGCAGUUGGACAAGCUCAACGACUACAAACUGCGACUGCCUCCAUUCGUUUGUCUGAGUCGAAUCUUGAAUGAGUUGGAAUAUGAGCUUCCACAGAUUGCGUUGAUCCGGGAGAGAUUGGAAAGCAACAAUUCUGCACCACAGGACAGGUGUCACGAUACAUUCUUGUUUUUUCUCGGUAAAAUCAAGCAUGCAGCAGAGAGAUCCGUUGUUUCAUCGUCAAAAUCAAGCCGCCAGAGCAGCCAGAGCCGCGUUCGUGAUCUGAACAAAAGCACUCAUCAACCUGUCAGUGAGAACACUCAGAGUGAUACACGCUCUGAUGGGUUUUUAUCUUUCUUCAACGAAGUAAAGAAUACAGUAGAGAAAUUUGUCUCUCCACCUGCCAAUAACCGUCAGACCUGCCUUGGAGACCGAAAAGAAAAGACCCGCAAACCGAGCUACGAAAGCCGAACAUCUAGCAGAGAUACAUCGGAGAGUCGCCGUGAAUAUCGCAAGGCUUCCAGGUCUGUGAGUGGUAGACAUCGAAGGAAGCUCCACGAUUACUGGAAGGAGCAACAUCAUCAGCAAUCUGAAUAUUUUGAAGGCAGAUGCGUGUUUUGCGGCAAAUCCGGACAUGUUGCAAGAUUAUGUCCCCAUUCAUGA